AUAUAUAUUUGUUAAACAAGUGUAUUAAGAAUGCCAACCAAAAGCCUUAAGGUGCUUUCAAGGUCAGAACCAUACCAGCACAAUUUUGAUGAUGUAGGCCGUGAUGUUUUGUGGUGUGCCAUACAGUGGUUCAAUUUUAAAGCAGAGUUUUCAAACAUAACCACAAAAAUGUCUGAUUCACUGUAUGUGGACAGGCUAUGUAUUGUAUUUUUGGUUAGCAAGUUGUAUUCGCACACUUCAUGACUCAAACACAGAUACCUAGAUGCUUACGAGCCAGCCUCAAGUGGCUACACUGUUGCAUUAGCUUCAUUUUUUAAUCCCAGCAGUUGCCGCAUGCUUGAAACAGGGAAGAAUCGGUAAUACAGCCCUGCCAAAAGGUUAUAUUUUGGUACAAAUUAAAGAAAUGAGACAUUGUGUGCCAGCGCAUGAGCUUUACAGGAGCUGGUGAGUGGAUUAUGUGACCUUCGGACAGAACCAGAAUAAUGGUUUCCUGUUUUUUACGCUAAGCUAACUGAAUGCUGUGUAUGUUUGCCGUACAGAUCUGAGACUGGCAUCUUGUGACUCUUCAGUUUUUAAAGUUGCGUUAACUAAUCACAUUAACAUCUCCCAAAUCCUUACAGACAGAGUUGCAAAAUUUGUUUACAAGAGCUAACUCCUGUGUGGCAGACACAGUAAGCUCCGGUCUAAAACAGGAUAAUGGUAUUUCUCAAGAACCAGACAGCCAGCAUACCUCCCAUAGCACUUUCCAGUGAUGACAUUGUCCAGAAGAGAUUAGCCAGAGGAAAUGAGUCUAGCUGACAGUGAGUUUGUCAUCUAGUUGAUUGGUCAUACAGGUACAGUAACUGUAAGCAGGCUCUGACACGUUCCUAUCUUCUCUUCUUUGUCUCCUCUCCUUCUGCAAUGCUUUCCGCCAUUCACAUGCAUGCACCGCCUUCAUUUUUCAGGAUCCGCCAUCUCUUACUUUGUUUUUCUUUCUUUUCUUUUUCUUCUUUUUGGUUGAACUUCUCUAUCAGCCAGCUGGGAGUGACUGCCUUUGAAAUCUGAGGCCCUGUGGGGGCCCACACAUACAGUAAUGACAGGGGUACUGGAGCACCUGCUCAGGUUUUGGGCUGGGCUGUCCAGCUUUGAUGGGGUUAGCCCCUCUUUUCAUUUUUCUGCUGAUUUUCUUCAGAUUACUCUCAGCAGGUCAAGGGGCACCAUAAAACAUCAUACUCCACUCUGGAAUGCCUUUAAUAGUUUGCCAGUCUCAACAUAGUGCAUCCCUGGCUGGCAAGGUGCUUUUAUGAGCUGAGAUUCUUGUGUGCCCACCCGUUGGUCCGGAUACCCACUUCGCUCCCCUCAGCUCAUUGGCCCACAUCGGAUGGUGAGGACAGAAGAAAGGAGCCACUCUCUUCUGGUUACAGAGCAGAGAACAAUGUCUUCUCUCUUCUUCCUUCUCAGAUCCCAGCAUCUUUAGUUUGAGAUGUGUAACUUGAUAUGGUGUUGAACCCGUCCAGUAACUUAGCCUCAAGAAGGGAGACUUACACUCAGACUCUUGUCCAGACAGUCCACUCAGACUCAUCCCCCUCCGCAUGCCCUCAUUUUCCACUUCUUCCUCAUUCCCAUCUUCCUCUUAUUUUCUUUUCAUACCCUCAUCCUUCUUUCCCCAUUUAUGCUGUCUGCUUUGUAACCUAAGUCAAAUCCCUCCUGAUUGUCUUAUUAUCCUCAAGCAAACAGACGCACUGCGUUGCCGUUGUCCAGUGAAGCUGGGAGUUUUAUUUAAGGUCUGCAUUGAAGGCUUCAAAGCGUUUUCACAUGCGGGGGCUUUUGUUUCUGGAACUGGAAGAACCAGUCUGACCACACUGGCCUUUGAGAGGGCUCACAGUGCACAAAGAAGUGAGCAAGAGGGAAGGGUGUAGUGUAACUAGGAACGUACAGAGCUCUCUUAGCUGAGUCCAAAAUGUUGAUAUGGGACCAAACCAUCUGUUUAGACCAGUGCAAAGUCUUCCUGCAGGUCAGUGGCUGAAGCAGUUUCCUCUUUAUCCACGCACCUCCCAGCUGCCAUCGCAGGCUGGGAAACACGAGUCAUGUGAUGUCAUCAUCAGUAGCGCGAGGGUGACAGAGAGAAACAGGGCGUGCAUGGGAUCAGGAGCAGAGAAGUGAAGUUUCAGGUGGACAAACACAGAGCACCUUCUCUCCCCACUGUGACCUGUAAUCAAUGGCAACCUCGGUCCAGACUCUUCCUCUGACCCGUGGCCCCAGCAAAAACUUCCGCGACCCCUGCCCAGCCCCGCCCCUGUCCCCGCGUUGCGGCAUGGGAAGUGUAGGCAGUCUGGUGGAGAGGCCGGAUGUUUCUCCGACUAAAGGCAACCGAGCAGUGCCCCAGGUGAGACCAAAACACAGCAACGGGCUCUUGAAGAAAGGCUUCACCCAGAGAGAGCUGCUCAACUACCUCAACAUCAACAGAAAAGAGCCUAAAGCGAACCCGAGCAACGACGGCAAGAAGGACAUUAUCCCGGGCCUCAGCGCUGUCAGUGCACGGGAGGAAGAUAACGUUUAUGCUAAGGUUUACCAUAAGGAUGGCACUGAGGUAGAUCUUACAAAAAACUCACUGCCAAGCGCGGGCAAGUACGAAAAGGCACGUUUGAGGUCUUCGGCCUUUAAGCCUGUGACCCCCAAGAAUUUUAGCUCAAUGCAAAACCUCUACCCGUCUUCCAAAUCAGAGGACGUGGAUCAUGGCCUCUCUAACGGCUUGCACAGAGCGUACGCCCAUGUUCCCAAAGCUGUCUCCACCUCGUCUUCUUCUUCCUCACCGUCACGUCACGGAGGACCGACGUCAGCCGGCAACAAGGCCCUCUCCUCGGUGUGUGGGAUGGGCCAGGAAGAUGACAACUUGUCAGACUCGGGCCAUAACUCCAUGAGCAGCCUGCCGCCGUACCGACCUCCCUUCCGCCCACACCUGGCUCACAUCAGUGCAUCUAUGGGCCACAUCAAUACCAUCGGCUCCCUGGACCGCACCUCUCUGGGAAUGAAGGCUGUGGGGUCAGGGGGCGUGCCUAUUGGGGAGAUGGCGUGUCGAAGCAUGGCUACUCUGAGCCGUAUUGCUCCAUAUAGCGCGGAGGCUCCACCUCCUUAUGAAUGGACGCUCUCCCUGUCUGUGGAGGAGGUGGUGCGGGAUCUGGAGGAGCGCCUGGUGGAGAAAGAGCAUGAACUCAAGCAAAUGAAGAGAAACCUGGAUGAGAGCGAGGGCGCCAUCGCACAGGUGUUUGAAGGGAAGCAGCGUCUGUGGGAGAAGGAGGUGGAGGAGCUGAAGCGCCUGUAUGCUGCUAAGCUACGUCAGGUUUCCCAGCAUGCCCAGCGUUCCCAGCGCAGCCUGCAGUUGCAGCUGUUUAAGGUCCAGCAGGAGAAGAACCGGCUGCAAGAGGAGCUCGAUGGCAUGAGAAAGGAAAUGUCCCGGGAGGCUGGAGCAGUGCCCAGGCGAACCAGUCCGACUCUGGAGGAGACGCAGUGGGAGGUUUGCCAGAAGUCGGGGGAGAUCUCCUUGUUGAAGCAGCAGCUGAGGGACUCCCAGGCAGAGGUAACUCAGAAGCUGAGUGAGAUCUUCCAGGUGAAGACAGAGCUCAGGGAGACGCGAACAGAGCUGCGCAACAGGGAACGCCAGAUAGAUGCUUUAAAGCUUGUCCUGCAGGGGACACAGCGUCACAGACGACCUUCUCAGACCGCACACGAAGACGAAAAAGAAGCUGAAGAGAAUCCAUCUGCUCGGGCGAUAGGAGGGUGCGGGGGCCCCACAGAGGAGCGUCUGCGCGCAGAACUGCUGCUGGAGCGACGCCAGAGCGAGGCCCAGGCCAUGGCUUUCGAGGAAGAGAGGCACACGUGGCAGACGGAAAAGGACAAGGUCAUCCGCUACCAGAAGGAGCUGCAGGCCAGCUACUUAGACAUGUACCACCGCAACGAAGCGCUCGAGAGGGAAGUGCAACAGCUGAGGGCGAGCAGAGAGCAACAAGGUGGACGAGCAGGCGGAGGAAGCAGAGAUGGCACUUUGGAAAAAGAAGCGCCAGAGCUGAGGAAAGAGAGAGCAGAUGACAAACAAGAGGACACACCUUCCCCUGGUCUGCCGUGGAUAGAACGGAUCGAAUCGUCGGAAAUUUGACUGUGACCUACUUGUUUGCAAUGCAAAGUGUGUCUAUGGAAGACCAUAUCUGCCAGUACAAGGGAAAAAAAUCAAAUGAAUUGAUGUUGCUGUAAUAGAAUUGUGAGAUAACAAGCAAAUACUUACUGAUGAUAAUAAUAAUAAUAAUAAUAAUCAUAAUAAUAAAAACUAAAAGACUUGUGCCAAAAUAAAGGAUAAAUAAUUAAAAAUUUUGAUUUAACAAGUCAAAACUGUAAAAUUAUUAGUAAGAUUUUCUACUUGGUGUGUAAUCCAAUUCUUGACUUGAACCGUAAGUCCAAAAACAUGUGAUACCAAACAUUCAGUACAAAAAGAAGCAUCAUACGCUACUCCAAGUGAUGACCAUAAAAAAGACAAAAAUAGGUCAAAAUUUAAAGUGCUACAUUUUUUUAAUUAUCACAUCAAAAUUUAUAUCUAUUAUCCCAAAUUAAGUAAGUCAACCUGGACUUACUGAUGAGUAUUUAUUUUUAGCAUAAUUAGCUUUUCUUUGAUUUUUUCUUCUUUUCAUGGUACAGAAGGACUUCCACAGACUGCUCACCCUUCAUCCAUCUCUUCCACUCCACCCUUGUUUAAUUAAAACCCUUUUCCUGCUAAAGCUGGACCCCCAACCUCACACAGAGCCAAGUGAUACUGAGGUUCCUCUAUCCUUGUUGUGUUAACGCUGUAAAAAGAAAAACUACAGCCAACUUAAGACUUUUUAUUGAUAAACCUGUAAAUGAGAAAAUUGACAUGAUGAUUGUGAUUGCUUUGUGUUGAUUUGGUUUGAGCCUGACCGAUUAUACAGUAGUUAACAUCUCACAGCCUCUUCAGUGUUUGCAGACUAUCUAUAAAUUCAGGGUUCACCUGGACCUUUGGUGCAAACAGCUUCUUUGGGUUAAUUAUGAAGAAUGGUGCCAAGGCAGAGAAAACUGUGCAUAGUAAACUGGAAAUACUCACCUUACUUCCUUCAGUUUCCAGACAGGUGAGGUUUAUAUAUAAAUAUGUAUUUUGUACAUAACUGUAAUUUUUAUUUGCUAUGGUACUUCAAGAGCACUGUCGUCUUAAAUAUGCAUACUUUGACAAAAUCAAUCGGUAGAUGCAUUUAUGAUUGCCCUGCUUAUUUGGUGCGAUUUGUUGCACAAACCCAGCACAUAACAUCAAAUGCAUGCCUGUAGUGAAAAUAUGUCCUCUGGCAUUGUUAUUAUUGAUAUUAUAAACAUUCAAAAACCAGCUCUCAUUUGACCUUUCCGCAUACUGUGACUCACGUCUAUUUACUGGAAUUAAAACUGUACAGUAUAAAGAUUUGUUUUCUGUUUGUGAAUUAUUCCUGAAGAAGAGCAAAAAUCAGUUCAGAACCCUUUUUGUAAAUCUGGGCUGCAAAAAAGUGUUACAGUAACCCUUUUCUAUACAGCGUAGCCCAAACUGAACGGCUAGAAAUCACUUGAGAAAACGUUAGAAGGGUGACUGAUGGUAUUUGCUCAAGGACUCGACCUGCCUGCUUUGAAGGGGCUUAAAAUCCACAGAGAACAUACCAAUAAAGCCCGCUGAUAGGAGCUUUAUGACAGAGUUGUGCAGGCUUUUGGGACUAAUAUGGCUUUUAGGGGUUUAUCCUUGGAUCCUUAUCUCACCCUCUCCCUGAGGCCCUCCCUGUUCUACCUCAGCCAGCCCUCACAUACCAUCGCCUGC